AUUAGCCACCCACCCAUCAAAAAAAUAAAAUAAUUUUUUUUUUUAAAUGCCUCUCUUCUCCUUCUUAAGAAGAAGGCUCUUGGUUUCAUUUCGUCCCAUAAUCUUCCAAACUUCACCAAAAUAAAUUCUUAAGAAAGAUAUAUAAUUUUUGUUUUCUCUUCAUAGUAAUACUUCUCAAGAUCUUAAAGAUUUGAUUAAUAAGAAGGAAAAAUACGAAGAAGAUCAAAUUCAUUUAUCUUCAAAUGGGUUUUGAUGAUUCAUGCAACACAGGUCUUGUUCUUGGUUUAAGCCUCUCACCAGCGUCUAGUAAUUACAAUCAUGCCAUCAAGAAAGCUUCCGCCACCGUGGACCACCGUUUCAUCAGGCUCGAUCCGUCGUUGACUCUAAGCCUAUCCGGUGAGAGUUACAAGACCAAAACCGUUGCGGGCGCCGGAGACCAGAUUUGCCGGCAGACUUCUUCUCACAGCGGAAUCUCAUCUUUCUCGAGCGGAAGGGUAAAGAGAGAAAGAGAAAUCUCCGGUGGCGACGGCGAAGAAGAGGCGGAGGAGACGACGGAGAGAGUAGUGAGUUCGAGAGUGAGUGAUGAUCAUGAAGAUGAAGAAGGUGUUAGUGCUCGUAAAAAGCUUAGACUCACUAAACAACAAUCUGCUCUUCUUGAAGAUAGCUUCAAACUUCAUAGCACCCUUAAUCCCAAGCAAAAACAAACCCUUGCGAGACAGCUAAAUCUAAGGCCUAGACAAGUUGAAGUAUGGUUUCAAAACAGGAGAGCUAGGACAAAACUGAAGCAAACAGAAGUGGAUUGUGAGUUUUUGAAGAAAUGUUGUGAGACUCUGACGGAUGAAAAUAGAAGGCUUCAAAAGGAGCUUCAAGAUCUUAAGGCUUUAAAACUGGCUCAGCCGUUUUACAUGCAUAUGCCGGCGGCAACUUUGACGAUGUGCCCUUCUUGUGAGAGACUUGGCGGUGGUGGAGGUACUGGAGGAGCCGGCGGAGGUACGGCAGCGGUUGAUGGAGAAACGGCGAAAGGAGCUUUCUCCAUCGUCACAAAGCCUCGUUUCUAUAACCCUUUCACUAAUCCUUCUGCAGCUUGUUAGUUACUUAUUAAUUAAUUUUUUUUUGGGGGGUUUCUUUUUUUUUUUUUUUCUUAAAUCAAAUUAGGAAUUAGUUAGAAAGUAAAAAUCCCAGGGAAAAAUAUUACGUUGAAAUUGGGGGAAAAUGGGGUAUAGUCUUUAUAUAUAAGACUCUUCAACGAUUCCACUUUAUUUUUCGGUGGGAUUGUUGUUGGCAGGUUGAUGAAGAAAAAAAUAGUUUGUAAUUAUAAGUUUAUUUUGUAGCGGAAAUAGAAGAAGAUAUUAGGACUAGGGACUUACUAAUCCAUCUUCUUUUGUUUUCUUUUCCUGAAAAUAUGUAUUAUGGUUGUGUAAUUUUGCUUGUAAAAAACAUAAAUAUAUAAGUUUCGUACAACUUUGCAAUGAA